UGAGUCAGUCAGUCAGUCGCACGCGAAAUUUUCACAACAUCGGUGGGUGCUCUGGCUGUGCUCGCUGCACCCCGAAAAUUUGAAAAUCAAAUCGAACUGCGAAUAAAUACUAGUUUUAGUUAAUGAUACUAGAGAGGCCGGCACAGUGAUAUCAUUAGAGGGCGAUCCGCCCCCUAAGCCUAAUCAUUAAUUCAUUGAUUCCGAAAUUCAUUGAACGCCUAUUUCUUUGUUAUUUUUGAGUGUUCAGUGUGAUCAGUGAUCGAGAAGCGAUCGAUUUCGAUCGAUUUGCGCCGCAAAUUGAGUUGGAGUCGCUGAUGCGUUUGCUCCAAUUCCCGCGCCCCAACAACAACAACAGCAGCAACAAUAAUAAUAUAGACGGGGGAGGAGGUAACCCCUCGAAUCGAUUUCCGCCACAAAAAAAAAAAUACGGAAAAAAUAAACAAAAACAAAAACCAUGCGCGUUCUCAACACUGAGCUGCGCCUGCGCUUUAAAAAUCGCAAACCGCGACCCUUUAAUCGCGCUGCCAGUGCCGAUGAUGCAAUGGACAUGGGACCGGGUUCUGGAAUGGGUAUUGGCGUGGGAGAUCCCGCCAUGCCCUCCUCCAUCGAUCAGCGCCUCAACGGAGCCACCAAUAUGCACGGCAGCAUCAGUUCUCCAUCCACGCCCGGCACCUGUUCGGUCGGUGGAGGCGGCUGCAGCAGCAGCAGCAACAAUAGCAUCAACAGUGGCGGCUACUCCACGGCGUGUACCCCGCCACCGGCAGCGCAUCAUCAACAACAGCAGCAGCACCACAACCACCAGCAGCAGCAGCAGCACCCGCCACCAUCAACACCUGGAAGUCGUGGUGGUGCAGGCGGAGUCCCACCACCGGCACCAUUAAAUCUCAGUGGCAGUGGCCAGAGCGGUUCAUCGGGGCAUAAGAACAGCCUCAAGGGCACCAAAUUGGCGCGACGGGCCCGCUCCUUCAAGGACGACCUGAUCGAAAAGAUCUCCCUGAUGCGGACCACGAACAAUACGCUGGGGCGUUCCCAUUCCCCGCAUAGUCCGCGCACCAAGCACGGUGCCAAGCCGCCGCCCACCACCGAGGAGGUGCAACGAUCCACCCAGACCCUGGAGACGCAUGUCAAGGAUAUUUCCAAUGCCCUCAAGCACUUUCGGGAUGUAAUACUCAAGAAGAAGCUGGAGGUGCUGCCGGGCAAUGGGACGGUGAUUCUGGAGACGAUUGCCAGCAUGUAUUCGGUUAUCCAAACCUACACGCUGAACGAGAACAGUGCCAUUAUGACCUCCGCCACGCAGCAGGUGUACCAGAGCCUGGGCAAACUGAUCAAGCUAUGCGACGAGGUGAUGCUCUCCGAGGAGAGCGGCGAGUGCGCCUCUCUCAGCAAUGAGAAUGUGCGCGAGGUCAUUGAUCUCCUAGAAGAUGCCGUAAGGAAUCUGGUGACAUUGGCCCAAGGCAAGCUGAAGGAGGAUCAGUGCGCCUUCCGCUAUAGUGGCUCUGGCCUGGGCAGCAUAGGAGCUGCAGCAGAGAUAAUGGGAGCUGUCACGGCCUCAUCGGGCGUCGGCGGAGGACCUGGAACUGGCAUUGGUCUGGGCAUGGCCAGCAUGCGUGUCUCGGCAGCUGAAUCAGCGGCAGUGGCACAGCGCACCUCCUUGCCGGACAUUGGUCUAACGCCCAAGGAGCGCGACAGCCUGGAACAGUGCAAUGUGAAUCCCAUGCGUGGCUCCCACAGCACGGAGAGCAUUCUGCGCGAUUCGAGUCCGCCGCCAAAGCCACCGUUACCCAAUAGGGCUAGCAAUCCGCCACCAUUACCGCCAAAGCGACGCAGCCAGCCGGGUGCCCCGGGUACUGGAGGAGGAGGAGGAGGAGGAGUGGGUUCAUCAUCGACAUCCACCUCCACCUCGAAUCAGGCCAGUCCCCAGCCCUAUGCCCAGUCGCACAACAUCAGCCUCAACUCGGAUCUGGACUGCAGCUCCAAUAUCUCGCUGCUGAACUAUGGUGUGGAUAGACUCUCAGUGCGUUCCCGUUCGCCGGAUGAGAACAGCCAGUGCUCAUUUGACUCGGCGCUGAAUCAUUCACGCGAGGAGGAGGAUCAACUGCAGCUACAGCGGCAGGAGACAUUGGAGAGCAAGCUGAUCAGCCACAGUGAGUAUAACCGCCAUGAAACGCCAACGACGACGACAACAACAACAACACCCACUCCCGUGGUGGUUACCCCAAACGAAUCCCUUACGAAAACAGAAACUACAGAAGCUACCGAGGCAAUAACAUCGAAUGCGAAUGCUGGCGGAGCAGGAGCAGGAGCAGUCACUGCCGCAGCAGCAGCAGCAGCACCUACUGGUGGUGGUGGUGUUACAGGUGGUGGAGAAGCCAACACGGAGCUGCGCAAGGCGGCAGCAGCACUCACCAGCAAUCGGCACUCCAAUGAAUCCGGUUUUGUGUCCAUGAAGUCGUUUCGCACCUCCACGCAGAGCGUGUCCAAGCGCUCCUCGGACUACAGCAAGUCCUCCAGCAGCAAUUCGGAGAUUGCCUUUAGCAUCAGCGAAUCGACGGCGGCGACGGCAACUUUGGGGGAAUACCAGCAGAUAAGCCAGUCUGUGUCGCACAGCAGCCGGAGUUGUACCACCACCACCACCACCACAACCACUGGCUAUGCCAGCAGCGGUGACCUAGAACAGAUUCUGGACUCUGAUCUGGCGCCGGCCCUGCCGCCAAAGAGCAAUCAACGGGGUAGCCUAGCUGCCGCCGCCGUCGUAACCGAUGAACUGGAUGAGGGUCAGUCCUCGUCUAGUGGCUGGGCCAGCCAUCGGAGCAGUCAGUCGGAGGUGGCCGAGCUGAGGCAACUGUCCCCGCAGCAGCAGCAGCAGCAUCUCCAUCAUGCCCAGCAGCUGCAGCAGUGGCAGUCCAAGCAUCACAGCCUGAUCGAGGGACCGCGCCUGCAGAUGGCGGGGAGCGGUAGCUGCAGUGCUUUCGAUCAGCGGCAUCUCGAGGAGCCGCCGCCGCUGCCCAUGAAGAAGAAGCACAUUCUGGCCUACAUGGAGAUCUGCUCGGCCUCGACGCGCUCCAUCGAGCAGCAUCGCCACACGAUGCACGCCUACAACCUCAGCCGCAACAUCUCGCACAGCCAGACCAUGAACAUCAUGCCCAUGAGCAAAGAGCUGUCGCCGGAGCUGGAGACACCGCCAGCACUGCCGCCCAAGAACUACAAGCAGCGCAAGGCCAACAGCCUGGCAGCAGGAGGAGGAUCUUCCUCCUCCGCCUCGUCGAAGCCCAUCAUUCUGACCACUAUGACUCCGCCGCCCAGUCCCAAGCCCAUUAUAGUGACCACAACGACCCCGCCACCCACACCUCCAGCCAGUCCCAAGCCAGGAGCAGCAGCAGUAGGAGCAGGUGCAGCAGCCACUGGCAGCAGCAGCGCCGAGAAUGGAUCCACAGGCAGGCCGGAUAGCCGGAUGGCCACGGUCUGUGAGGAGCUCAGCGGCGAGGAGAGCCUGCCAGAGGGAAUGCCCUGGUCUCCGGCGCUAGAUGGCUAUGGUUACUACUGUCACUCCCAUCAGCUGCCCAACGAGGUGGACAAUGUGGGUCAGAUGCCAAUGAAUACGCCCCAGCUGCUAGACGAACAGGUGGUUGAGGAGGCCACCAGUGAGGUGGUAGCCGGCAAUGAGGCUUCCAAACAGCAGCAGCAGCAAGAGGCUGAGGCGGAUCCAGAGGCGGUGGCAGCGGCGGAGCAUGAGGAGAUGCUGAUCAAUAUGCUGGAGGAGGUCAACAUCACACGGUACCUGAUACUCAAGAAGAAGGACGAGGAUGGACCGGAGGUGAAGGGUGGCUACAUAGACGCCCUCAUCGUGCAUGCCAGCCGCGUGCAAAAGGUGGCCGACAAUGCGUUCAGCGAGGCCUUCAUCACCACCUUCCGCACCUUCAUCCAGCCGAUCGACGUGAUCGAGAAGCUGACCCAUCGCUACACAUACUUCUUCUGUCAGGUGCAGGACAACAAGCAGAAGGCCGCCAAGGAGACCUUCUCGCUGCUGGUGCGCGUUGUCAACGAUUUAACGUCGACGGAUCUCACCAGCCAGCUGCUGAGCCUGCUGGUGGAGUUUGUCUAUCAACUGGUCUGCUCCGGCCAGCUGUACUUGGCCAAGCUGCUGCGCAACAAGUUCGUGGAGAAGGUGACCCUGUACAAGGAGCCCAGAUUGCAUGGCGGCGGAGGAGGAGGAGGCGGACUCGAGCUGGAGCUGGGCGGUGGCGGCAGCUCUGCGGGAGUGAGUGGAGGCGGCGGCAGCAGCAGCGGCCUGCUUGAUCUCAAGUCGCUGGAGAUAGCCGAGCAGAUGACCCUGCUGGACGCCGAGCUGUUCCAGAGGAUCGAGAUACCCGAAGUAUUACUAUUUGCCAAAGAUCAGUGCGAGGAGAAGUCGCCCAAUCUCAACAAGUUCACCGAGCACUUCAACAAGAUGUCCUACUGGGCGCGCUCCAAGAUCCUGCGCUUGCAGGACGCCAAGGAGCGGGAGAAGCAUGUGAACAAGUUCAUCAAGAUCAUGAAGCAUCUGCGCAAGAUGAACAACUACAACUCGUAUCUGGCGCUGCUCUCUGCGCUGGAUUCGGGGCCCAUAAGGAGAUUGGAGUGGCAGAAGGGCAUCACGGAGGAGGUGCGCUCCUUUUGCGCCCUCAUCGAUUCCAGUUCCAGUUUUCGGGCCUACCGCCAGGCGCUGGCCGAAACCAAUCCGCCCUGCAUACCCUACAUUGGCCUCGUCCUUCAAGAUCUGACGUUCGUGCAUGUGGGCAACCAGGACUACCUGUCCAAGGGCGUCAUCAACUUCUCCAAGCGCUGGCAGCAGUACAACAUAAUUGUCAACAUGAAACGUUUUAAGAAAUGUGCCUAUCCAUUUCGACGCAACGAGCGCAUAAUACGCUUCUUCGAUAACUUCAAGGACUUUAUGGGCGAGGAGGAGAUGUGGCAGAUAUCCGAGAAGAUCAAGCCCAGGGGACGGCGCCCCGUCAACUACUAAACACCAACUUUAUAUAUACAUCUAUAUAUACAUA